ACCUCACAUCUGCGAACUGUCCUGAGACUUGCACUCUAAGAUUGCCACAUCCUCGGAUAGAGCCAUCGUUGUUAUCCUCGUUCUGUCUCGUAUAAGUCACAGCUAGCAGAUCUACAGGAUGUCAGCUGGAAUCCUCAAGGUCAAAGGCAAUCGGGUGGUAGACAACAAUGGCGAUGAGGUGCUCCUCCGUGGCGCUGCCAUAGGUGGAUGGGCCAACAUGGAGAAUUUCAUCACAGGUUUUCCGGGCCAUGAGUCCCAACACCGCGCUGCCAUGCGAAAAGUCCUGGGCCCCGAGAAGUACGAGUUCUUCUUCGACCGAUGGCUCGAGUAUUUCUUCACCGAAGCCGAUGCCAAAUUCUACGCGGAGCUGGGAUUGAACUGUCUGCGCAUCCCUUUCAACUUCCGUCACUUGGAGGAUGAUAUGAACCCACGAGUCUUGAAAGAAAGCGGCUUCAAACAUUUGGAUCGGGUCAUUGAUCUUUGUGCCAAAGAGAAGAUCUACACGAUUCUCGACAUGCACACUACUCCUGGCGGACAGAACCCCGACUGGCACGCGGAUAACCCCACCAGCUACGCCGCCUUCUGGGACUACAAAGACCACCAGGAUCGGACGGUGUGGCUAUGGGAGCAGAUCGCGGCGAGGUAUAAGGCCAACCCGUGGGUUGCUGGGUACAACCCCCUCAAUGAGCCCUGCGAUCCAGAGCAUGUUCGCCUCCCGGCGUUCUACGAGAGGAUCGAGAAGGCGAUUCGGCAGGUCGAUCCGGAUCACAUCCUCUGGCUGGAUGGUAAUACCUUUUCGAUGGAGUGGAAGGGCUUCGACAAGGUUCUUCCGAACUGCGUUUACUCCAUCCAUGAUUACGCGUCCAUGGGCUUUCCCACGGGGCAACGGUACAAGGGCACACCGGAGCAAAAGCAGCACCUCGAGCGGUCGUACCUCCGCAAAGUCGAGUUCAUGAACCAGCAUGGCACGGCCAUCUGGAACGGGGAGUUCGGCCCCGUCUACGAGAACCCGCGCGUCGAGGUCGAGGCCGACACGAUCAACGAGGAGCGCUACAACCUGCUCGGCGAGCAGCUGCGCAUCUACGACAAGUACAAGAUCCACUGGUCGAUCUGGCUGUACAAGGACAUCGGCCUGCAGGGCAUGAUCCACACGAACCCCAGCAGCAAGUGGAACCAACGCAUCCAGCCGUUCCUGGACAAGAAGAGCCGGCUCUGGCUCGACGCCUGGGGCCGGUUCCCGCACCCGGAGCCCGCCGCGGCCCUGAAGCCGCUGGUGGACUGGAUUGACAAGGUCCAGCCGCGGGCCAAGGACGCCUACCCCACGCCGUGGGGCACGGAACGCCAUGUGCUGCGGGCGGUCUUCCAGACGUUCCUGGCGGCGAGUUUUGUGGAGGAGUUUGCGGAGUUGUUCCGGGGGCUGGAUGAGAAGGAGCUGGACGAGCUGGCUCACAGCUUCCAUUUCGAUGAAUGUGUGAAGCGGGAGGGGCUGAAUAGGAUCCUCAAGGAGCAUGCUAAGGUGCCUGGGCAGUGA